UGGGGAGAGACAUUCCUGCUUGAGGAGAGACCCAGCCCUGCUUGAGGAGAGACACAGCCCUGCUUGAGGAGAAGAGCCGCGUCCAGCUGGGAUCACUCUGGUGCCUGAGCCGUCCUUCUGGAAGCUGGGUGCUGCUCCAGGCAUCUUCGCGGGUGUCGGAGCAGAGCAGGGAAGGGUCAGAGAGGGAUAUUUUUAGACGCUCUUUGUGCUCAGAGAGCAGAAGCAGGCUGUGGUUUAAAGGCCAUUAGCUGCUGGGCACCUUUGGAAGGCUGGGGCAGGGCUGAGGAUUCACGGACACGUUUGGCACGAUGGGAUGGAGCAGCUUUGCAGACGUGAGGACAGUUUUUGGGCUGAGCAUUGAAGUGAAGAUCCCAAGAGGAGCCUGGCUCUGGGCAGUGCAGCCCCUUUAGCUGCCACGUGGACAGGCAGCGGGGCCAGGGCGGCUGAUCCCCCAAAAGGACCUGGUCCCAUUGCUUGUGGGGUGACAUUUGCUCCAAUGGCUGCAGAAGAGGAGCAGGAGAAGAGCAGACAAGAGAUCCGCAUGUCAGACUAUCACGACCCCCACGAUGGGGAGUCAGACCCCCAGCACGGCAUUACUGUGGUCUUCCUCCUCGUCCUUGUCUUCUUCAUCAUGGGGCUGGUGGGGUUCCUGAUCUGCCAUGUCCUGAAGAAGAAGGGCUACCGGUGCCGCACCUUCCGGGACGAGCUUGACCCAGAUGACAAAGAGGAGGUGGAGGAGCUGCAGGAUGAUGAGGCCGAGAAGAACGAUGACACCGUGGAGAAGAUUGUGAGAUGCAUCAUCCAAAAUGAAGCAAACGUGGAGGCCCUCAAGGAGAUGUUGGGGGAAAACGAAGGGGAUGUGCCAGUGCCAGUGCCCAGCCUUUGUCACCACAGCAGCAGCCAGGACGGGGGCCCGCCACAUCACCACACGGUGCACCUGGGCUCCACGCAGGCCCCCUGCAUCCACUGCAGCAGGAGGAAGAGGCACCCGCUGCAGCGCCAGGGCCGCUCCAAGGAGGGCAAAAGCAGGAUGCAUCCCGGAGAGACCACCGUCUUCUCAGUGGGCAGGUUCCGUGUCACGCACAUCGGGAAGAAGCCGCCCGUGGCGGAGCAGCAGGACGGGGCCGUGCCCGCGGGCAGCCGGCCGCCGAGCACGGAGGAGCUGGAGCGCAGCAGCGAGGCGCUGCCGCGGGAGCGGGCGCUCAACGGGACUGUCCCCACGGGCGGCCUGCACAACGGAGCCGUCCGCACGGGCACCCAGAGCGCCAGAAGCGCGGAGCAAAGCCUGGCCGCCAGCCCGGCCGCGAACACACCGGCCAGCUCCGGCUCCCGUGACGGCCGGCGGGCGGGCGCGGGGUCCGGCACGGCGGGGUCUGGCACGGCCGGGUCCGGCACGGCAGGGCUCGGCACGGCCGGGUCCGGCCCGGCGGGGUCCCUGCAGGAUGCUGGCUCCGCUCCCGGGAGCUCGAGCCGCCAGCGCAGGCUGAUGAGCCUGCCCGUGAUGGGAGCGUCGAGUCCCAACAUCCCAGGAGAGCUGGCACGGGAAGGAGCCGGCAUCUGCCUGGAGGAGAUCGGACUGGCGUCGGCGGAUGAAGUGUCGGAUAUCCACGGGAGCCUGAGUCUGCAGGAACAGGCCGAUGAGCUGGGGAGAGACGAGAGCAGCAGGAGGCAGUCCGGAGGGGAGGACGGGAAGCAGCAGGAGCCCAGCGUCGCGGAGCAGGACCGAGUGUGACCUCCUCUCCGCUCCCGGCUGGAGCGUGCACCGGAGGCGCGCAGCCCCCGGGCCCCUCGGGGCUGGGGCUCUGCCGUGGGGCAGCCGCGGGGCAGCCGUGCCCGGCCCCGGGUGGGCAGCUACGCGCUUGGCAUGGCCGGAGCGACGCGCCGGCGGCACCGACAACCGCGCUCGGCGCCAGCCUUCAUCCCAUUGGCAAUAGGUACCCGAGUCCCACCCACCGCACCCUCCCCGGAGACCCCCCGAGGGACCCUCGGGCCUGGCAGGGGCAGGACGGCACCCAGAGCCCGCUGCCCCCGCGGCCCCCAGCUCGGGGGAAGGACCAGAGGGGGCCGCGGCGAGGGGCAGGGAUGGAGGCAGCGGCUCGGGCCCCCCCCGGGGCGGUGGGGAGCACCCCCAGGCACCGGGCACGAUCACCACAGAGCACAGCCCCCCCGGGCACCCCUGCCACGCAGAGCGGGCACAGGCACACACCCUGCACCGGCAGGGCCCUGGGAGAUGCUGGCGGAGAGAGGAGCUCCCGGCACCGGAGGGGCCGCAGCCCGGCCCCGGGGGCGGGAUGGCCCCGGGCCAGGCCAGCUUCGGUGUGUAACGCCCUGUACAUAGAUGAGCUACAACCAUUAAAGCUGCUGAACCCCU